UGACGGAACCUAUCAUGAAUCCUUAGAAUCCUUCAAAGAUCAGCGGCUAAAGCUAAUGGAUUUGCUUUCUCAAGAAAAGGAUAGCAAUCUUAUUGGACGCAAAGACAAUUACCUUGGGUGGAGAAUGGUGCAACAACUGGAACAUAACUGA